AUGUCAUCGUCGUCCGCUCUCUACCGGCCCAUCUCGAGCGAUCCUGAAGCAGAAGAAAUCCGAGACGAGGUCGAAACCGUCCCCGUCCCCGGCUCUGCCCUGUACCUCCGUUUCUUUGCCUCCGGAGCGUUUGCUGACUCGAACGAAGCGCUGAAGAAUUGGUGGAUUAUCGAAUCAAAUGGAUUCAUUUUAUUCUUGGAGCCGCGACGUUGCUCCCGUGGAACGGUAUGGUCGGCGCUUGAGGCAGCGCGGCGUCGGGAGCUGAUCUGCGCCUGCAGCGAUGAUAACUGCCUUCCCCUUCUUUCUCUCUCGUCUGCAAGACUCCCCGAUCCGCGUGGCGGCCACAUCAUACAUCUCUUGCUCCUUCACGUUCUCCAACUUCAUCUUCCUCGCAAGGGCCACCGUGACCUCCAAGCAGGUACUUCCCCUUCAAGACGUGUCUCCUUCUCCACAUUGGCUCUGGCUGUGCUCACGAUGCUUCUCACGCUAAGCACGUUCACGCGGGAUGUCACACCCGCGGUGUUCUUUGCCUUCGUGCUUGCCAACGGCAUACUCCAGGCCGCAUUCGGCGCGCACCUGCAGACAGCCAUAAUCGUCAUCGCCUCGCUCUUCGGACCCGCGGCGGUCCAGGCGACCAUGGCAGGCCAGGCGGGCGUCGCAGUGGCCGUGAGUUCCGUCCAGUUCCUCAGCGCCCUCGCCUUCGUCUGGGGCCAGUCGCCCAAGAGCCUGGAGACGUAUGUGAGCGACGGCGAGCCCGAGGCGCGGUCCGCGAUGAUCUUCUUUGGGUUGUCGACCGUGUUUCUCGUCUUUACGGUCGCCGCGAAUGCUUGGCUCGUGAACAUGCCUGCCUACAGGACCAUUGCGGGAUCGCUGGAGCACAGGAAGGAUGGCACCGGGAGCGCGGACGAGCUUCGCGGCCUUGUUUCAAGCGGCCGAGUUGAGCUUGUUGAAGAGAAGGGGCAUCUUAUCCGGAUCGCGAAAGUCAAUGCGCCGUACGAAUUGGCCGUGUGCUGCGUUUUCCUCGUCACAUUGGCCUGCUUCCCUGCGAUCACGACAUCCGUCAUGCCCACAAAUCCCAAGACGCACCCGCUGCUGUUCAGUGCGCUGCAUUUCCUCAUCUUCAACGUCGGUGAUUUCGGUGGAAGAUAUCUGUGCUCUUUCCCGCGGCUGCUGAUCUGGUCGGCGAAUCGUUUGCUGACGCUGUCCUUCGCGCGGGCUCUAUUCGUUCCGCUGUUCCUCAUGUGCAAUGUGCAGUCGCAUCCCGGAGCAACAAACCCGUCGGCACCGAUCAUCAACUCGGAUGUCAUGUUCUUCCUGCUCUUGCUUCUGUUCGGCGUAUCGAACGGCUAUGUGUCGAGUCUCUGCCUGAUGGCCGCUCCUUCGCUCGAGCACAAUCCACGGCUGAGAGGGCGCAAGGAAGAUGUCGAUGUUGCCGCUACAGUCGCCACGUUCUGCACUGUGGGAGGUCUCGUGCUGGGCAGUUUUGCCAGCUUUGCGGUCCGUGCGGCUGUCUGCGAAUGCAAUCCGUUUACAGAACAGUAGUUGCAUUGAGUGGAACAUCAUUGUACAUUAAAUUAUGUUGAAUAGAUAGACUGACAGGUCGUAAA